AUGGCAUUCAUAAAAUCUGAACUUGGCUGUCUUCGACAUUUAAUAAACUCUACAUUAAUAAACUUUAGGCGUUACAAUGCUCAACGCUCUCUUAAUACUGUAUCAGUCGAAUCUACAAAAACUCAAAAUGUCACUUCCCAACCAGCUAUUCUCAUGGAAUCAAAAAUAUCGUCUCUUACAAUUGACGCGGACAAAGAAGCUUUUAUUAAAAAUAUAGCUCUUUUACAGAAACCACGUACAAUCUCGUACUUUACUGGUUCACCAUUUUAUAAUGAUCUUAUAAUUCAAUUAGAUGAAUUAAUGGAAAAGUACAAUGACCAUCCAAAAGUAAUACGUGACAAAAAAAAUACUAAAACUACUUUAUGGAAAUUGAGACAAACUCUUGAGAUAGAACUUGAUAUCACGUUAAAGACUAGCGAAUAUCGAAAAAUAGUGGAUCGAUUGAACGCAUUGGAUCUUUUAAUACCAAAAACUGCACCAAACAUACGUGAAUUUUUAAAAUUGUUUCAGCGGGAUCCCAACGCUCCGAGUGCAAUUCACAACGAGAAUAAAGAUCAAAAAACAAAGGUCAUUAAUAAUGAUAAUGCAAAUCCGGGUGAAAAUACAGCAGUUAACGGAACCAAAAAAAAUAAGCUGGUUCUUGAUCAUUAUGGACGAUCUUUUGCUAUCGGUAAAAGAAAAAAUGCAUCGGCACAGGUUUCGUUAAUUAAAGGUGAUGGAAAAGUGUUGAUCAAUGGAAAGACUUUGGCCAAUUAUUUUUCAGCAUUGAAAGAUCGUGAAGCUGUUUUAUACCCGUUUGAGGUUACUUCUUGUAUCGGAGAUUAUAAUGUUUGGGUUAUUGUAAAAGGCGGAGGUCCGACAGGACAAGCUGAUGCGAUUGCCCAUGGUAUCGCAAAAUGUCUAAUGAUUCACAAUCCAGAACUUAAACCAAUAUUACGAAGAGCAAAACUAGUUGCACGAGAUCCUCGAAAAGUGGAGCGCAAGAAACCAGGUCGAGCUAAAGCCAGAAAGAGAUAUACUUGGUGA